AAAGUAUACGUGUGGGACAUGGAAUGUAGUCACCGACUACGUGCGGUCCAUUAACCUCAAUAGGCCCGUUGAGAGUACGUCAUGGUUCACGUCAGCAUACCAUAUAGACACUAUUCCAUAGUAUACCUCCAAUGUACAGUGUGAACACUGCCUUAUUGGGAGAUGCCAGUUCUGAUUUGGGCACUUCCUGUCAUGAAAUGCCAUUGAAGAGCCCUCCAUUCAGCCUCUGCCCAGCCUUGUAUGGCUGAUAUCAAAGAACAAUACGCUACAUAGGCGACUACAAAGACUAGACCCUCAUGUCACUGACUCCACACAAACCGCCGCGUCAUGACUACACACGACAUGCGCGACAGAAAGCCCCCGCUCCUUAUUGUCCAACUCCACUUUCUGUCGUCUGCAUACGAGCGCUGUAGGAUUCCAUUAGUUCACGUCACAAUAAGACAACAUCACCACAAACAACACCACAGCGCUUAUCGGACUACACUUCCCGGUAUGCCUCGGGGCCGGCGCACAUGCGCAGUGAGGAGCGGCUUGAGUGGCAAGUUGUUUGUUACAGUGUAGCACCAGCUGCUUUUUGCACUCUGGAGCCGCCGCUGUGCGAGUCUUCUUGAACUCAUUCAGCUUCUCAGCUUCCCCUCUCCCUGUGAUCCCCCCUUUUGUCUUCACGGCUCCUUCCUUACUUUCCCUACCAGCUGCCCUGGAAAAACAGAAAGGAUCAAGAUCUGCAAUCGGCAAAAAAGAGACAACAACAAUAUUCUGUCUAGAUGAUCUACAAAUGAGAAGAAGAAAAAGAUGGAACUGCAUAUCCUAGAGCACAGGCUAAAAGUAGCCAGCAUAGCCAAGGAGAACAUCCAGUUGUUUACCUAUGGAUUAAUCAAACUAGCCUUUCUGUCCUCCAAAACCAGGUGCAAGUUUUUCAGCCUAACUGAAACUCCAGAAGACUAUACAAUUAUUGUGGAUGAAGAAGGGUUUCUAGAACUCCCAUCUUCGGAACAUUUAAGUGUAGCAGAUGCAACAUGGUUAGCCCUUAACGUGGUCUCAGGAGGUGGAAGCUCAUCCAGCUCUCAGCCAAUUGGAGUGACCAAAAUAGCGAAAUCGGUCAUAGCGCCACUUGCAGACCAAAACAUCUCUGUGUUUAUGUUAUCCACCUAUCAAACAGACUUUAUAUUGGUACGCGAGAGGGAUCUGCCUUUUGUGAUGCAUACACUUGCUGCAGAAUUUACGAUUUUGCAGGUGGUGAAUGGAGAAACUGUAGCUGCUGAUAAUCUUGGAGUAACAAAUGGAUUUGUGAAACCUAAGCUUGUUCAGCGACCAGUUAUCCACCCACUUUCCAGUCCAAGCAAUAUGUUUUGUGUGACAAGCCUGGAUCCCUAUACCCUUCCAAGUGUGACUACACUCCUAAUGGAUGUUAUGUUUUACUCCAAUGGAGUAAAAGAUUCGGUGGUGGGCAGUGAGGAAUCUGGUCAUAUCCGCUUCUUCUCCUUCUCCCUCAUUGAGGGCUACAUUUCUUUGGUAAUGGAUGUACAAACACAGCAGAGGUUUCCUAAUAAUUUGCUGUUUACAAGUGCGUCGGGCGAACUUUGGAAGAUGGUUCGUAUAGGCGGACAACCUCUAGGUUUUGAUGAAUGUGGGAUUGUUGCCCAAAUCUCUGAACCUUUAGCUGCUGCUGACAUCCCAGCAUAUUAUAUCAGUACCUUUAAGUUUGAUCAUGCACUGGUACCAGAAGAAAACAUCAAUGGUGUCAUUAAUGCUCUUCAAGUCAGCCAAGCAGAAAAGCAUUAGACGUCUUCUGGCUGGUGGCUAGCUUCUUUUUAUUAUCUGUGCAGUAUUUUGAAACAAGCUGAAUCUCAAGAGGUGCCAUGAAGGAAGAGAGACACUGAAAUGGAGAUGUAUGUGAAAUUCUCCAGCAAGUUUUUGUUUUCUUUUAUUCACCUAUGGUUUCUCUUAUGUUAGUUUCCUAAGUGAUCUGUAACGUUCCUGCUAACUUGAUAUGAAAAAAAAAAAAGAAAGAAAAACAGAAAAAAAAGAGGAAAAAGUUUAAAAAAAAAGGAAAAAAAAAUCAUUGCACAGUUGCAAUUAGUUAUUACCGAAAUGCAGUGAAGCCCUGGCUGUAGACCUAUGAUCUGCACCUUAUAGAUAAGUGUGAAAAAUUCAUUCGGAAGAGUCUGUGUGGAAAGUUUUACAAGCUUAAAAAACGAAUGAACAUGAAAAAAAAUGGUAAAAAAUAUUGCACUGUAUUCAUCUACUCUACUUCACACGUCUCUCAUAAAGAUUGUAAUACCACAACUAGUACUACAUAUUGAAUAGUCUUGCGCUUCUUAUCCUUGUCAGUUCCUCAGAGCAAUAGAUUGUAGGCUGCUCCUGCCUGGGACACGGAUUGAAGUUUGUUGGUUGGAGCCUGUGAUCUCCGUCAACUGAUCUCACUGCAGUUUUCAUGUAGAGAUGAAAGAGGGAGUGUUGGCAGCUUUGUAUAGUUCUCUGCACCUUGAUUCUGCUUUAGCCCCUUUUAUUUCUAUGCAUGGUGAACUGUGUUAUUGUUGUGUUUUUGUUUGUUUUCUAGUGACUCUUCUAGCCAAAAAAAAAAAGCUUUUUGGAGGUUUUUAAUUAGUAAACCAUGUCCACCCCGAUCAUGCAAAUAACAUCAUCUCUUUAGCCUUGCUUUCAAAGCUGCCUCAAAGGCAAAAAAAAAAAAAAAAGUGCUUCAUAGUAAACAAAAAUGUCAUAUUGGCACGUCAUGAGCUAGUGGUUCAUAUACGGACUUCAUUUAAUCCUUGAGUGAAAGGUGAAAUCUGCUGCAUGUCCCGAGUGGAUCUUUACUCUUAGAGUUUGGUUUUUAGUCCUAAACCUUCACUGUUACACUACAGAUUAUAGACUAACCUUGAAAUACUGUCAGUUUUAUCUUGUGGGGUUUUCUACAUCUAAGCUAUUAUGCCAUAUAGGGAGCUACUGUACUAGAGAUUGAAUCAAUUGAGUGCUAAAUUGUUGUAGAAAUUAUGUUUUUUUUUUUUUGUUGUUUUUUUUUCUAUGGUAGGAUUAAAUUUGUUUGUUUAUACUAAUACUAUUUUCCAAGUCAUGUGUGAGGUAUGCGAAAGUAAAUCCUUACCUCCCACCUAUAGUGGCAGACAUUAUUUUAACAUGGAUUCAUUUCAACUUUUGAGUUUGUCAAUGAACUAUUACAAAAACAGACUGAUCCCUGUUAGUUCAACCACAAAAUGGCUGCCUCUUUUAGGGGGGGGGGAGGCUAUGGUAAAUUUUAGAUAUAUACACUUAUACACAAUCCACCGCAAUGGCAUUCAUCAGAAAUUUGCACUUCAUUUCUAGAAAUAUUACAAAUUUGUGAAAAUAUUUGUUUUUCCAAGGCUUAUCACCUAUUGAUGAGCGAAUUAGGUCAAGGUUAAAUUUCUUAAACAUAAUUCUUAGACCCCAUUCACAUUACUUGUAUGUUUAAAAAAAAAAAAAAAAAAAAAAACAUAGUCACUAGUAGACCAUGUUUAGUCUAUUAAAGUCAGUGGAUGGAUGCACUGCAGGUAUGCCACGGUGUACAUCGGAAUACCUUUUAGAAGGUAUUCCAGAGUAUACUGGGGAUGAACCCACAAAAGCAUGAUGUGAACAGGGUCUUACUGGUAAAUUUGACAUUGCAUUCAACUUCAUCAGUUUUACUACAUUGUUACUGUUAAUGACAGUUUAGCUACGUGAAAUUCAAGACUGCACUAUUCCCCCUUCAUAGGUUUUCAAAAUUAUGUAUUUUUUUGUUAAUUAAUUGGAAGGCACUAAAAUCCUGAUAAUGUUUCCAGAUCACGAUGACUUUGCAAAGUGGUAGAAAUCUUCCUUGUGACAUAUCCUGGCAAGCAUUUGCUAAUAAUAAUAAUUCAUAUCAGAAAAACUUUGAUUGGAACUAAAAAUAAUUACAUGACUGAUCACAGGCUCAUGUAUGUAAACAGAUUAACUUUUUUUUUUUUUCAAACGCUUGUAAAAAGGCACCAUCCCAUGACCCCCCCCCCCCCCCCCCCACACACACACACACCCCGGUAGUUUUCUGCCAGCACAUAGAGACACUCCAUAAUAAAAGUAAACAUAAGCAAACAUUAAUUUAUUUUCUUGGAUACACAAAAUGGAUUUGACUAUAGCAUUAGACUGUAUAGAGAAAACACUCCCAUUUUUCUAAAAUGUUUUAAUAACUUCACAAAUAAGGGACCUUAACACUAGGGCUACAUAGUAACUUUGGCCACAACACAGGCCACACUGCCUAAGCUCACAGCAAAUUAAAGUGAAUAGGCCUUCAAGUGGUCGUGACUGAAACCAGAGGUCUAUUUUGGAUAGAUUUCUUUCAACUGUUGGGUUGCAGCACAACCCUGUUCCCUUACACUAGCUGACAUCAUAUAGUUACGAAGGCUAUCCAGUCCAGCCUUUUACCCUAUAGCGUUAAUCCAGAAGAAGGCAAAAGCCACAGGAGAUAUAAGCCAAAUUUUAAGGAGGAAAUUCCUUUCUGGCAAUUGAAAAAAAUCUCUGGAUCGAUGUCCUACCUCCAGAAUCUAGUGACUUUAACCAUUAAUAUUACUACUCUCCAUAAAUGCAUCCAGGCCCCUUUUGAACUUUUUUUUUUAGUUCAUCAUGACUGCUUUCUCUGGCAGAGAGUUCCAUAGUCUCACUGCUCUUACAGUAAAGAACCCCCAUCUGUGCUGGUGUAAAAAUCUUUUUUCCUAUAGGCGUAGAGGAUGCCCCUUAUUCUGCAGCAAAACACAAUAAUCUUGGCCUUGCGAACUGUGUUGCAGCCAAAAAUACAAUGCGGCCCUAGCCUAAAUCAUCAUGCACACAGCAUAGGUGUGUGCAUGGAACCUAUAAUGCAACACACACUCUAUUUGUCACCAUGGUGCUAUGAGGCAAUGCUGUCCUAGUUAUUCUCACCUAGAAGUGUGCAUGAUGCCCUGCAAGAACUGAUCAAAUAUGAUCUUUUUUCAAAGCAUUUAUAUAAUCGCUAUGAUAAAACUUCCAACAGUUACAGUAAGUUUUUGUACUAAGGCAAAUAGACUUAGGUGGUUGACCCAGAAUUCAUAAGUGAAUCUUAUAUAUACUUUUAUUGGAGGUGUCUGCCUAACCAUUCUGUUUGGCUACUAGGAGAGUGGCCAACUUUAACUUGGUUCUGCAGUGAGCACAGUAACAUUAUGGAUUUGAAUAUUCUACAUCAAACGUACUGCUCCUCUCCUCAGCCCUAGAGCCACUUAAGGAAAAGUGCCUGAAGAGAACAGGAUUUGGCUAAAACAACAGAAGAAAUAUUUGUUUGUUGCGUCCGUUGACUCUUUUUGCUACACUGUUUAUUUUAUUUAUUUUAAUUUUGCAAGUCUUAGUCCUAAUAUCUGUUUGAUAUUUGCUCGUACUCAGAACUGCAUUUAGCAGAUGUAAAGAGCAGAGUAGACAAUUUUUUAAUCCUAGGGUCUGAUCAAAAUAAAUAUCCAUUUUUUAAUUACCACUAAUGCACAGAAGGGGAUUUUUCUAAAAACUGCCUUGUACAAAAGAGCAUUUAUAAGCAAUCGUUAGUGACGAAUACCAGCUAGGAUAUCAAUAGCGCUGUACAAGGGAUGCUGUAGGUGCUACGUAAAACCUGUUAUUGUUAAAAGUUUGUUCUGAUCUGGUAUAUAAAGUUGCACCUUGCACCCUUAUCUGACAAUCUGGGUCAUGUUGUGACCAUGUAGUCAACCUGCAUAGGCUAUAGUGAAGUGUAUUGAGGACAAGAAUGUUUCCCAUGUGGCCUUACACUAAAAAUAACUGUACUGAAGAUGUAUCAUAAGUUUUUGUAGAACCAAAGAUAAAUCCUGGUUCAAAAUGCCCCUACACGUUUGUUUUUGUUUAAAAAAACAAACAAAAAACUUGUUUUCUCUGUUGGUUUAAUAUACUUUUAAUAGACAUCUUAACGUUACCAUAUAUUUGGAAAGUAUCAGGAAAUUCCUAAAGCUGAACAUACUUGAUUUAACAUGACCUGACAAUGGAAGAGUAGAUUUUCUAUUACAUAGGAGAACUUCAGAAAUGGUUUUCCUACAGUCUGAAAUGUCUUGGAAUCUCAAAACUGUUGUUUACACUUUGUAGCAUAUCUCGCAGUCAAUGAAUAAUGAAUAAGGCAUCUUGGGUUUUAGUUUAGAAGGUCUCUUAAAUCACUAGUUACCCUGCAGCUGUUUCUUUACUCCUGUUACUUCUGUUGACAACAUUCAAUUCAGUUAGUUUAAUGACUAGUCAGUCCAAUUGCUUAAAUUUAUUGGUAUUCUUGAGAAUCAAGUUUAUUGAUGUAUUUGAUCCAAUGACUUUGCUUAGAGUGUCCCUAGUUGCUAGUGAAUUGACUUACUGGUAUUGACCCAUAGAUUGGUUUGGCAUUGUUUUAUUUAAGUGACAGCUGCGCUUUAAAUGGAUUAGAGAAAUAGCUAUCAAAUCUGUUAGAAAGACAGUCCAGUUCUCCGAUGAGCAUAGUUAGCUGAGAGUUCUUAGCAUUUCACCUUGGCAUAUAUUCCUGCUCUGCCAAAGACUUGCUCUUAGAAAAUGUGUGUAGGGUCUGGUGAGGAAUUCUUUGUAUUGUGUGUACACCAGCAAGUAGUUUAUUUUCAUCUAGUAUUGCUGUCUUGAAGGACCAUGAAAAAAGGAUUACUUGAAUUUGGCAGCAACCAUUUUGAGCCUUAAUGGAAUGAAAACAUUGAUAGCUUUUAUUCUUGUAAACAUUGCACUCAGGCCAUUUGUUGAUUCAGAGUGUGUGUGAUGUGUGUUUCUUCCUUAAAGGUGAUGCCUUUUUUAUUUUAUGAUAUUAAACCCAAGAGGUAAGCCAUCUACUCUUAAGAGCUCCCCUCUUCCCACCAGCAGUACUGGAGUUAAUAAUUGGCCUAAGUGAUGUGUCUCCCAACAGUAUCUAUCAUCCAACAAUCCAGACCGAUACUGAAGGUUAUUUAUUUUCUAGUUUGUGCACUAAGUAAUAAUCCAAAAUAUUAUAGUGAAUUUUGAAAGCAAAAGCUAGCUCACCCCUGGUCCGGAUACUGAGCACGGCAAAGAGUGCGGACUGGCACACAAGCACAAUGAAGAAAUGAAGAAAAAUCCAGCUCAGAUGCAGAUCAAAA